GGUCAAGCAUCAUUGUUUUCACUUCCUGUGUCGCGCCAAAACUGCUGCAGAAAAAAGCACGGAGUAUUUCAUCAGCCUUGUGACAACACUGCUACCAUAGUCAUGACGGGGCGUGUCAUUAUAAUAACUGGAGCAAACUCGGGCAUUGGUUUCCGUGCAGCAGAACAGCUGUGUGAGGCAGGAAAUGAUGUCAUUCUGGCUUGUCGCAGUGAAGAACGUGCAAAGUCAGCCAUUGAGAAAAUCUUGAAGCGGUCGCCUAAUGCAUUGGCCACAUUCAUGCAGUGUGAUGUUGCUGACCUGUCUUCUGUGAGAAAGUUUGUGGAGGACUUUCACGCCACCGGGAAGAAACUGCAUGUCCUGGUGAACAACGCUGGAGUGUAUCUGUCCAAAGAAAAUCGUCGACAGUUCUCCGCAGAUAAUUUUGAGCUCACCAUGGGAACUAACCACCUCGGGCCAUUCUUGCUUACUCAUCUAUUACUGGAUGACCUGAAAAAGACAGCAGCCGAUGGGGAAGCAGAUUGUCGUAUCAUCAAUGUGACAUCGUCUCUCCAUGACUCAGCAUCGCCCCCAAAUAAUGCUGCGAGGAGGAAACCAUUGGAUGUGGAGAAUUUUUUCCUUGAGAAGGAGGGCACAUACAACAACCAACUUGGCUACAAAAACUCCAAGUUGGCAAUGGUUCUGACCACAUACGAGUUGUCUAAACGUCUCCAGGACACAGGUGUAACUGUGAACACGCUCUGUCCAGGUUUCAUACCGAGUACAGAGUUGUGCCGCCAUGCAGGAGGUGGUCAGAAGUUCUUCCUGCGGUACAUCCUCGGUGGAAUGCUGCGUCCAGUCAUGAAGCCCGUCAAAACCCUGGAGGACGGUGCCAAAGCUAUUAUGGAUUUGGUUGUAAAUGAGAAAUUUAAAGGUGUGACUGGUAAAUAUUACAAGGACCUGGUGGAGACUGAGUCAUCAGAGGAGUCAAAGAAGGAAGAGCUGCAGACAGCUGUUUAUGAGCUGAGCGCCCGGUACAUUCACCUAGAGGGUUACGAACCCCUAGAUGCACCCAUCCCUCCCCCUGAGGAGCCAACACUGAGCCCUAAAAAGUCAAAGAAGGUUAAAAAAGCUGCAGUGGCUGAAGAAACAGCAGGUCCCAGUGGUGACGAAGCUGCUACAAAAGAAGAUGACAAAGAAACUGCAGACAAAACUGAUGAUGAAAUUAAAUUUGCUGAUGAGGACGAUAAACCAGAGGAGACAGCAGUUGUUAAGAUAGAAGAAUCAGAGAAAGAAGUGAAGGAUUCUGGGAUUGAGGAAGCACCAAAGGAAACUGAAAAGGAAGAAGAGGUAAAGGACUCGGAGAAGGAGGAUGAAGUAAAGGAUUCUGGGGAGAAGGAUGAAGAAGUGAAAGAUUCUGGGAAAGAGGAUGAAGUGAAGGAUUCUGGGAAAGAGGACGAAGUGAAGGAUUCUGGGAAAGAAGAAGUAAAAGAAGUGGAGAGCACAAAGGAGGUAGAAUCUGUGGAAGAGGGAAAAAAGAUAGAGGAAACAGCUCCAGCUAUCACAGCUGAAAUCACUGUAGCCUAGGUGUCACCAGGUACCGUGGUCACUGUGCAUUCAGAGGUCACCAUAGAUAACAGGUUCACAGAGAUGUAGGUUAUAAUGUUGUGCAAUACUUUAUACAGUUUACCAAAAAUGUCACUGUUAGCAAAUAUUAUUGCUGCUUUCAACUGAAAAAAACUUUUAGUACUCCACUAAUGUUUGCAUUGAAGACAUCUAAUGCAAUGUUAUAUGUGAUGUUGAUGUUGAUGUUCAUUAUUAGCAAUAUAUAUGUGUGAACUCGGCUUCACUGGACAAAUCCUGCUUUUGUACAUCAUUAAAUUUAUUUUUGUAUUAAUUUUCAUGAAAUUAGUUCUCAUCAUUUUAGAUAUUGUCAUGAAGUGAAACUAUGACUUAUCAUAAUGUUUCAGAUUUUAUUAACAAUAAUGUGCUCAGACAUAUUCAAGUAAGUAGUUUCUAGGAUGGUGCUAGCUUGCUCGGUCCAUGCUAGAUAUUUCAACAUUCAUUAAAGUCACACUGUCAAUAGAAGAAGGAUUUGUCCUAAAAAUAAACUUUAGAUUCCAUGACAGUUCUAUGUUUGGUUUCUCCAGCGCUCACCACCUGGUGUAAAUAAAACACAGAAAUUCAACCUAGAAAUACAUCAUAAGGAGGUUGAGUGCCUUAUCCUGUAUAAGCUGAGCAUUAUUCCUGAUAAUUGUUUUUUUGAUGACUGGUUUCAGCCAUUUUUUGCAAAAUUGCCAACAUGAUGUGUUCUGGUAGGGAAAUGCUGAGAUAUUCUUUAUUAGGACUUCUAUUAGUUAUUAAUAUUCUUUUUGUAAAAAAGAAAUAAAGUAAGAAAGAAAAAAAAAGGGAUGAUAACAGUAAAUGCAAUUUAACUUUCAGAAAUUAUUUUUUGUGCUCUGAUUGGUCACUGUUUAAUUAAAUGUUUGAGUUACUUCUAGGUGGUCACAAUAUGUUAACGUUAUAUACGGCUUUGGUAUUUUGUUGUGAACAAACUAAGGCAAGUGUUUGAAUCUACAAGAUCCUAUUUUUUUUUGGCUAAUGUGUUCAGAUACAUCAGACUAAAACACUCCUCUUUUUGUCUGAAAGUACAAUUUGCAAAGUUUUUAUACAAUUUUAUUUUGUAAUGUAAUAUUACUUUUGCUAUAAGUAUUUUAAGAUUCAUAUAUCUGUAUAUUAUAUAUGAUGUUGUAUGGUGCCUGUACACAGUUGUGGAAAUGUUGUAAUUGACCUUUAGUCUGUAAAUACAAGUAUACAACAGUGGUUAGGUCCACAUACAAAGUGUAGGGGAAAUAAUACAUCUACUACAUGUACCAACAUUUCUUUAUUUUCAAAUGUUGUAAAUGAGAUUAUGCUACGCAAAGUUGACUUGUCCGUCAUGCUUUUAUGCCGAGGUAACUUGUGGUGGAAAUAUUUUGAUUUCAAUGAAGUAUAAAAAAGGCAUUUAAUGAAAUCUCAUCUUGUUAUACACAUAUUUUAUUCACAAGUUAUAUUCCACUUUCAUUUGUACCUGUAUUUAUUUAUGGUAUAUUAAAAUCAACAAUUUACUUUUAUACUCAUGGUAUUUUAUUGAAGUCUACCAUUAUUUUACAAUGCAUAAUGUAUUAUAUUAAUGGGAUAUUUUAUUUUUUCCCUCUUUCACCAUGUAAUGGAUAACACUUUACAUGUAAUGUCAUCUUUCAUCCUGCCAUUUCACCAGACUGCACUGGUAAACCAAGGCUAGCAAAUCAAAAACAUUUUUUAUGUGUCAUUCAUGUUUUUUCUAGGCAUAUAAAAGAAACAGUUCAUUGUGCCAUUUUCGUAAAUCAUAUUUAUUCCUUUUUGUUGAAACCAUAUUUAAAUAAUUCUUAAACAUGAGAAAUGAAAUGAUAAAUUAUGUGAACUUUAACCUACAUUUCCUAAAUAGGUAUAUUUAAACUUGAUCACCUAGAUAAAUGUGGAGAUUUUAUCAGGUCAGUUUGAUUGUUAGGUAGGAAUUUCAAACUUUGGUUUACCAAGGCAGUAUUCACCCAUUAGAUGUAGCUGUUGUUUUACCAUCUUAAUCAUUAAUUGUUAAAUUUACCAAAGUUGUACAGUAUUAUUUUUGUACGUCCUGCCUUUCAUAAUAAUUUACUGGUGUUCACUCCGCAUGGUUAUUAUUGGUUUAGAUACGGCCACAAGACCACAUAGAUAUUUGAUUUAAAAAGUCAGGAUUUGUUGAUCAGUCGGAUCACAGGAUUUGUUGUUGAUCUAGAUACGGCCACAGGACUGUCCAGGUCUACCAUAUACUUUAUAGUUAGUUAUUUUCACAGGGAUUCAAUUUUGCUAUGUUUAUGGUCAUCAAAGAUAGCGCGUAAAUUCAAAUAUCGUGCAAAUAUUAAUACGAUAAAAGAAAAGAUAUGUUUGCUCCUUUACUGCCAACAGAGAUAAGACACAAAUAUUUAUUUUUAGUUAUUUUGAUAAAACACUUCUAACAUAAAUCCCAUCACCCAAAUAUAACAGUGAGCACAAUAUUUUCCCCUGGCAAUGUUGUACAGAAUUUAAUCCCUACAAACUAAUUCUGAUCAAUACAACUGCAAAAUAUUAGCCCCACGAAAUACAACUAUACAGAGGUUAGGUUUUGGGUGAGAUGCAGCUUUGCAUCUGGCUGGACUGCAUGCUGCAGUUUUAGGUUUGGAUAAAGUUAAAUAACUACAGUUGAGAAAUAAUCAGAAUAUUUUUUUUUAUAGACCUUUGUUAAGAAGGUGAUUGUAGACUACCACACAGUGAUAUAAGGAGUCAGUAAAUGUUACGGAGGCUGGGACUUCAUAUAUACUCAUUAAUACAGGGUUAUUUUUAUUGUGCAUGAAGUAUCUGCUCUAUUCAUAUCUAUUACACCAUGUGUUCAAUAACGAUAUAUUCAUUUUAUAUCUACACCAAUUUUAUUUUUAUUUUGCCUAAAGAAUAGCAAUCUUGUUUUUCAUGUAUUGUUUAAUCUGAAUUUUAAAAACCGAACUAUUUAUGAAGUUGUGUCACACAGGGUUUUACUAUAAGGUUGUUAAAUCAGAAUGUUUUAAUUAUGAUUUUUCUGUCAUUUACAAUGUAACAUGAUUUUACUAUUACCGUGACAAAAAUUAAUAUCCUAUUUUUAGGGGGACGCACUGUUUGAGGUCCAGUUUUAAUCUAACACCAGACGUGUAGAAAUUGACAUAAAUACGUAUUAUCCUUACAUUAUAUUAGAAAUCCAAGGGUUCCACUUCCAAUGUAUUUUUUCUUCUCUGCAUCCGUGUAAAAUGUCAAAAUUGAAGGUUCGCAGUAAGCUUUUUGAUUGGUUUCAAAACCUGACUUAUCACAAGGCUUGUUGCCUGUUGAACUUCACGGUUAUACUCCUUCAGAUAUGAGACUACUCUAUGUGAAUCAUCCACAAGUUUUGGCAUGAAGAGCCUUAAAUUUUCUCAUUAAAUAAUCCAAGGUAGUUAACCUGAUAUAAUAGCUAGCUUGCAUGUGAUUAACAGAUUUUUAACAAGCUUUUGAGAACUGUUCAUACUAUUUCUACAUGAACCAAGUAUUCUCAGUGAGGUGAUCAUAGAUUUCGGUUGUAAAAUUAAAAAUAUUGGGACUGUAGUUUGUAAUUUACAGUAUGUACAUUUACAUUGAAAUUUAAUUUAAUUAUUGUAAUAUGAAAAUUUCCUAAAAUCAUUUCUGUAUAAAAAAAAUAUCUUCCAUUUAAAUAUUGAUCAUUUGGUCACAACAUUAUUUUGAUAGAUCUCCUUUGCUACACUUUUAUAGAAACAGUUUUUACAUAAUGUAGAAAUUUAUAUUUUUUUGUCAAAGGAAUUCCUGACAUUAACAUACAUGUUCUUUUUAUUAAGAUAUUUUUGAUAAUUUUAACUGUUUAUUUUUGGUCAAGAAUUGUAUUGAAUACUUCGUUGUUGAAAGCCAAUUUUCUAGUCAAGAUUUUAAUGGCAUCGAUUGUUACAAAUGUCAAUAAUGUAGUUUGACUUUAAAAAGACUCCGAGCAAUUGGUAAAUUAACAGGUUCAGACUGAGGUCUGCAAGAUAUCAUUGUAGAAAGAAUUUUGUGAUUUGAAGGCAGUGAGGCAUGCUGAUUGGUUUAUAUUAUUGGUUAAAAUUAGUGAAGCUUGCUGAUUGGUUGAUAUUAUUUGUCACUAUUAAUGAAGCUUGCUGAUUGGUUGAUAUUAUUGGUUAACAUUAGUGAAGCUUGCUGAUUGGUUGAUAUUAUUGGUUAACAUUAGUGAAGCUUGCUGAUUGGUUGAUAUUAUUGGUUAACAUUAGUGAAGCUUGCUGAUUGGUUGAUAUUAUUGGUUAACAUUAGUGAAGCUUGCUGAUUGGUUGAUAUUAUUGGUUAACAUUAGUGAAGCUUGCUGAUUGGUUGAUAUUAUUGGUUAACAUUAGUGAAGCUUGCUGAUUGGUUGAUAUUAUUGGUUAACAUUAGUGAAGCUUGCUGAUUGGUUGAUAUUAUUGGUUAACAUGAAGUAUAUUAAUUGUAUGACUGAUGAUAAUCCGAGUUGUUAAUUGACCUUGUUGUGUGAUGAUUGUUGAUUGGUUACAGUAAUUUGUUGGGACAUUCCUGAUUGGUUGUGGGUUUUAUCUGUUUGGAGGUCUGUCUGCCUUGUUACAUUGAAAUACAUUUCUUGUUGAUACCUGGCAUUCGUCAGAUCUAAUCAAUUUUGUUCUGCAAUCAAGUUGACGCCAGUUACAUUUUAUGGUCACUUUAGCCAAAGGUGAUCUGUUCUAUUAUAAACCAUUGUUUCCUUGAUUCAUUAUUUCUCUACUCUUCAAAUUUUUGGCUUCUUAGGAAUAAGUGUUAGUAUAUAUAUUGAAUUCAUUCAGACUUUGCAAAAAUCAUCAUUUAAGGGUUCAGUGAUGGUGUUAUCAUAACUGCAUUAUUGUAAAAAAAAUAGGUAGAUACUGUUUUAAAACAUGCAAAAAUAUUGUGGACAAAAUGCAUUUAACUUUUGGUUUGCUGUUGGCAUUUCAAAAUCAUGAAUUAUGAAAAUGUGAUUGAUAUUUUAUACAGGUAUUGCUAUACAGCAUGUAAUUAAAAAAAAUCACAACAGAUUUGAAAUAUUGAAAGAACUUUUUUGUGAUAUAUUAAUUUUAAUGCAAAAUUUUGAAACUGUCACAGGUUCAGCAUUUCUUGAAAAGUGCUGAAGCAUGUAUUCCAUAACUUUAUUUUGAAGAAUAUCGAGCAAGUUCCAUCAUCAUUAAACAUGUCAAAUAGAUCUACUAAAUUUAAAACAAAGUCACAGUUGUGGUAAACAUGAGUAGCGAAGGUUAAAGUCAAACUUGUGAGCAUAUCCUAUGCUUGGGUCAUUGUAUUUGUCGUCAGUGCAAUGUAUUAACUUGUAACAUACUUUUUAUCAAAAUUGUAAUAAAAUGUAGAUAAUAAAAA